AUAGAUGGACUUAAGCAGGAGUACAGCACAGUUUCGUCGUACAGAUGUUCGGAUGAUCUUUACAAACAUGAUGCAUUUCUCGCAAAUCCAGACAGAAAUCGUUACAACGAUAUCGUUUGCCUGGAUGCAACACGAGUAGUUCUACAUCAUGAAGCACCUCCCUUAACAGACUACAUUCAUGCCAACUGGGUGAAGUUUGAGAAGCACAACAGAGCAUUUAUCAUGACACAGGCUCCACUGGCAAACACAAUAGGCGACUUCUGGCGCAUGGUGUUCCAAGAAAACUGUUCAAGCAUCGUUAAUCUCACGCAGCCUGUCGAAAUAGAGAACUUGAAGUGUGUACAUUAUUGGCCCCUGAAAGCUGGAAGUUUUCACACAUACGACAAGAUGUUUGUCAACACAAAAAAGAUAGAUCAUGACGACAACUUCCUCAUUUACACCGUCGAAUUGCUUCCUGAUGGCUGCUCAAAUUCGCAUAUUGUUAAACUAAUUCACAUGACCAAUUGGCCGGAUAAAGGUGUGCCACCUAGCGGUCGACAUGUUCUUCGGCUCUUGAGGAAGGUUGUGGUAAGUGACGAUGCUUGUGCGAGAUCGUCCAGUUGUAUGUUCCAA